UGCUGUGGGAAAGGAAGCCCCGCCUCCGGAAGUGGCCAGCACUUCCGGCCUGUUGUCAGCGACGCCGGCUGGUCUCCGUGGCGCCCAAGCGAGGAGAGCGCGAACGAGGGGCCUAGUCGCACCUGAAAAUGGAGUGGGGAGGUGAAUACUCGCUUGAUUCUUCUAAUUUGGAUUGUUUGUUGAACAUACUUCCUGGAGAACUGGAAUUUCAACAGAUCCUUGGUGAUAUUGAUGAGAAAAUAAAGAAAAAUACUUCUAGCAUUGAACAGUGUCUUAAAGAGCUUCAACAAGAAAUAAAUGAAACUUGUUCUGAUGAAUUGCUACAGGACACAUCUGACUGCCUUGAGUGGUUAAAUAAUUGCAGUUUCAGCUCAAUCAAGCCUUUGUCAACACCUCGUGGAGAAUUGAUCAGAUUUCUCCAAACUCUGCAAAACUUGUUGAAAAAUGAACAAAACCAAGAAGAAAUUAUUCUUCACUUUCUCCUUGAUCUCUCCAGUCAAUGUGGUGUUUUAUUUCCCUGUACUCCAAGUGGAGCAUCUUUUGAGUUUACAUCCAGCACUUCGCUUCAUGGUGUUGAAGAUGAUUCAACGGUGGAUGUUCAGUGCAUUUGGAAUGAUGUGCGAUUACAUCUUCGACGUUUCUUAGUAAACCAGCUCCAAAAUCAUCAGGAAACAAGCAAUGGUGCUUUACAACAGCGGCUGCAGUUUAAAAUCCAGUGUCUACAACAGCUUUUAUUUCUUUAUCCUGAAUCAGAAGUGCUAGCCAAAUAUCAGAAAAUGCAGAAUAAAUUGGUUAGUGAUCUUUUGCAGAAAUGUGUUCUAGAAAGCAGUGGUGAAACAAACUUUGAAAAAAUGGUUCAUGGUUAUGAAAGUUCAAUUCCUAUCUUGUGUGCAAUGAUAAAAGAAGACCUGUAUAUACUAAAUGGAAUUAUUGAUCCAUCUUCAACAGUGAAAUUUAUUAAUGAAACUUAUUUGGACACCAUCACUGAAGAAAUGACUAUUCUUCUUGAAACACUGUGUGAGCUCCAGUUUAAAGAAAAUGCAUUGCAUGGUGCUAAGUCAAACAAGAGCUCAAAGAAGCACAGAGGAACAGCUCAUGUUGGGGAAGUCACUAUGUGCAACUUCCAUAGCAGAGCGCUAUUAUCCUUAGCACAGGGAUCACCUAUCAAGAUUGUAAUUGCUGAUAGAUAUGUGGAAUAGACCCACUGAGACUGUUGCCUGCCAGAAGUGGCAUGAAGAGCAGAAGAAACUCUCUCCUUCACCUGGCUGCUUAUUUAUAGCCAGUUCAAAGGCCAACAUUGAAAGUUAACUUCCUCCUCAAUCAAUAUCCCUCAGUCUGGAGCUGUAGGUAAAAAAGUCAUCCAAGUGUUAUGAAAGAGCAGGAUGAGUAAAAAUGAGGAAACUUUCUCUUCUGUGGGUAUUUAAACUGUUUUAUACAAUUGCUCUUCACAGAUAAAUGAAGCCAUGGUUUUUGUGUUUUAGAAAUGUCAUAUUUUCUGCACUCUUUCUGUAAGAUCACAUUAUAUUCUAUAGAAGGGGUGUACAAAGUGUGAGCGAUAUACCGAACCCCUUAACAAUUUUCAUCCCUGAGGAGUCACAUUUUUGCCCACAAAUGCUUCCUAUGAGUGGUAGGGGUCAAAUGGUCACAUCCCCAUCUUGCACACCAGUUAGGCAAAAAUGGGCCUUUUUCUCAAGCAGAACUUUAACAGUAAGUGGCUUCUAGUCAUUUACUGUUGGACACUGGGGGCAAAAUUGUAAUAUUUUUGUGAUGGUCUCUUUCAGGAUUGCUCAGUCCUCUUGCCUCCUGCAGUUGAGCAUCUCAUUCUAAAGGUUAAUUCAGUAUCUAAGUAAACAUUGGUCCUUUUGCUUGUUUUUUUAAUGAAGUCUAGACUUCAUUUUCUGAUGACAAUACAUUUUCUCUUCAUGUACUCUGUGAAUGCACACUAAUGGAGAAGGCUGCGCCUGCGCAGGCUCCAACAGAAAGUCUUCCAAGCUAAAGUUUGAAUUUUAGCAGUAACCAUGCCCCCCUCCCCGCAGGGCAUAUAAGAGCCCUGGGCGUCCGCUCUCCAGUUCCUUUUUUUCUGCCGCAAGGCUCACUUCAGACUCUUCAUUCUGAUGUCUACCACGCGCUUCAAGCGCUGCACUCAGUGUGCCGCUAAGAUUCCCGACAAGUGUCUUCUUUGCCUUGGCGAGGCCCAUGUUGUCGGUACUUGCUGUUUUUGCCUAGCUCUCACUGCCCAGGCGAGGAAGAACAGAGCAGUCAGACUUAGGGUGGCACUCUACGAGAGGUCGCUCGCGCUGGACCCCAUUCAUUCCAUCUCAAGAGUGAUGUCGGCACCGGCCGCCAAGGCACCUUUAGUUUCCUCCAGGACCUCCAGGUCUUCUAAGGUGGCUAAGCUUUCAAAACCACCGUGCACGCUGACUACAGCUACUGUGUCGACUCGGUCAGGUAGGGUGGGACCCUCCUCGACCUUGAGCUCCUUAGCUUCAGUGACUUCGGUUCGCUCCAAUUGGGUUCCCUGCCUUCAACCUCAGCCAUGAGGAUCGCUUUUAAGAGGGCCCAAGAGGAAUCUCGACGCGCCCAAUCGGUCAGCCCAGUUCCUCCAACACCAGGCAAAUCUAUGAGGGCGCCCUCUAAACAGCCUCCAGCGAAGAGGCGGAUGACCCAACUCUCUUCUUCCUCGGCCUCCUCGUGGAAAAAUGUUCCUUCUUCCUCGGCGACUUUGUCAAGAAGAUCUUCUCCUAUUGAACCGGCCCAGCAACCUCAAGCUGCUUCUCAGUGUCCCCCCCCUCAGCAGUCAUCUGAAGGUGAAAUACAGGACUCACCCCACUACUCUACUCAAACAGUGGUCAGGGUACCAAUGCUUGGGGCAUCGGCAGUCUUGUCAGCAGCUUUUUCCCCACCAUAUAAACUUUCUGGAACUCCUCACCAUCUUCAAGGCUCUGAUGGCCUUUGCCCGCCUGAUUCUUCACAAGACUGUUCUGAUUCAAAUGGACAACACAGUGGUGAUGUUCUACAUCAACAAACAGGGCGGCACAGGUUAGAGAAAGCUGAUGUCUCUCCCUCCAGAUCUGGCAGUGGUGCAUAGCUCAUGACGUCUCCAUACUGGCGCUCCAUCUCCUGGGCCUCCAGAAUGGCCUAGCCGAUGCCCUGAGCAGGAUGAUGAGCUCCUCCCAUGAGUGGCAGCUCGACCCUGACACUCUCCACGCUCUUUUUCGUGACUGGGGAUGGCCAACUCUUGACCUCUUCACCUCUCCUCAAAACACACAGCUACCUCAAUACAGGGCGAUACUUCCUCCGGCUUCGUUUCCCGGAUGCUUCGGGGACGCCUUUCUUCUGGACUGGUUGAUAGAACCACUCUACUUGUUCUCUCCCUUCCCUCUGAUACCGAGGGUGUUAGAGAGACUCUGCCUCGCCUCGGCUACAGCGAUUCUGAUUACCCCAGCAUGGGCGCGACAGCCGUGGUAUCUGGCCCAUUCUUCACCUCUCCAGGGAGACCUUUCGUCCUCUUCCGUCUCUGCUUCACCUUCUGACCUGUUGUGACCCAGCCACAGGCUAACCAGAGUCAAGAUGAGGAAGGGGAUUUUGGAUUUCAGAUUCAAGAGCCAGUAGAGUCAGAAGUUGAAAUGCAGGCUGACUCAGAGGCUGGAGAAUUGCAGUUUGAGCAGAAUGAACUGUUGACCUCAGACACUAUAGAUAACAGACAGGCUGACAUUCUCAUGGGAAUAAUGAGCUAGAGAAUUCUCAAGUCCCGGUCAAUGAGUGAGAGAGCUCAGCUCUGUCUCAGGUGCAAGAUAACGAUAGUAUAAGCAUUGAUUUAUCUAGGGAGGACCGUCUAUCUUGGAGGGGUUCUCAGGUCCGAAGAAGUGAGAGACUGGCGGGAAAGAAAGAGGCCAGUUCUGGAAAAAGAAAUGCCUUUCUGGGUUGCUUUUAAAAGUGUGUUUCACAGAUAGCUCUUUGUCAAAGCAAAUCCUCGCUUCAUCUGUGUGGAUGUUCUCGUUUCAUGCCUCCUGGAUCUUUGUACUUUUGGGCCUUGUUUUUGGGAUCUACGGACUACUGCCUUGCUUCAUGGAUUAUUACUACAGACUAUUGCCUUGCCUCAUGGAGUAUUAGUUUUGCUGUGUUUAUGGACUCAUGGACCUUUCAUGACUUAUGAUGUGUUUGGAUUCUUAUUGACUUUUUCCUUGCAACUUUGAAAACCUUUUUCUACUGCCUGCUUUGAUUUAUAUAAUUGCUUUGCCUAAUAAAACUUCAAAAGACUUUCCUCUGUGUCUGACUGGAUAUCUAUAGCAAGGUGAACUAUUCUGAGGUGCGACAUGACCAGGCAGAAUGGUCAAAUCCUCUACCCGGACAUCCCGUCUCUCCAUCUCACUGCAUGGAGGAUUCUCACCUGAGCUCCCUCCAUUCAGACCUCCAAGCGGUUCUCCGCGCAGCCCACAAACCUGCUACGACCAAGGCCUAUGCCUACAAAAUCUUUCGGUUUUGUGCCUUCUUUCGAUCCCGAAACAUCAACGUUUUCCCAACCUCAGUACCAGUGGUCCUGGAUUUCCUGCUUACUCUCGCGGAACGAAGGCUGUCUUUGGCCUCUAUGAAAUCCUAUUUGGCAGCCCUGUCUUGGUGUUUUCAAUGUCAUGGUCAGCUCUUCCUGUUCGGGAAUCAUCUCAUAAAGACCUUUUUAAGGGGCUACAAUAACCUUUGUCCUCUGAUGCAGUCACCAACGCCUGGUUGGAGCCUCGAACUCGUGUUAUCUCAACUCACAUCCUCCCCUUUCGAGCCCUUGGCCUCAGCAGAUCUUCACCUGCUUUCAUGGAAGGUAGCCUUCUUGGUUGCAGUCACUUCGGCCCGUAGGCCCUCGGAACUGGCAGCUCUUAGAGUGGAUGAACCUUAUCUUCGCUUCCACCACGACCGUGCCGUCCUCCAUCCAGAUAUCACCUUUCUCCCUAAGGUGGUCUCUGCCUUUCACCUCAGCCAAGACAUUGUGCCCCCAGCCUUUUUUCCUAACCCUUCAUCUCUGCUCGAAUGGAGACUUCAGCUUCUGGAUGUCAGGAGGACUCUUCUCUUUUAUAGAGACCGAACUAGGACAACACGCAGGAUGCCAAAACUCUUUGUCGCUUAUGCCCCGGACAAGCUAGGUAACCCAGUUUCCUCCCAGAGGCUCUCCCACUGGAUCGCGCAAGCCAUUGAACUCGCUUACAAGCUGGCAAAACAUCGUCCUCCUCUGUCGGUCCGCCCGAGAUUGACGAGGGGCCUCUCUACCUCAACUGCUUUUCUCAGGGGCACCCCUCUCGACUCUAUUUGCAAAGCAGCAGUCUGGUCGAACCCCUUAACGUUUGUUUCCCACUAUAGUAUGGACUGUAAGGCCCGAGAAGACUCUGCUUUUGCCAGGUCAGUUUUGUCCCCCUGCUUGUCCUAAGGGAUCUUAUUUUUCCCCUACAGAACACUUACCUUUAAAAAAAGGGGGGGGAGGGAGAGGAAGAGGACGAAUGUUACACCAAGUGUUUUUGUUUGUAUAACAAGUUUUAUUUCUCUUUUUCACAAUGUUUACGUGAUUACACUGUGUCAACGCUGCUUGCAUUGCUCUUUCUUCCUCUGCAGCAAUUUAUACUGUUAGAGGUCUGUUUACCUCUCAGUCCUAUUUUAAGGACAGGUUACGCCUUGUUUUUCUCCUUUUGGAGAUACUGUUGUCUCUAUUUGCACUUUUCCCCGACCCACUUCGGGUUUCUACUUAUCACUUUGACAUUGCUAUGUCUUAUCUUAUAUGCACUCAGUCGAUAUGUUGACCUCGUUUCACAUUGUGCCUUACUCCCUUUUUGUGUCCUAAUAAAUAUUGGGUUUGGACAUUCAACUCGUUGUCGGGUUUGCUCUGUCCCACCAUCCUGGACCUUAGCUUGCUAGUCUCCAUUAGUGUGCGUUCACAGAGUACACGAAGAAAAAGGUCAGGUUGCUUACCUGUAUCCAUGUUUCAUCGAGUGUACUCUGUGUAUUCACACAAACCUGCCCUUCCAUCCCCACUGGCAAACCUCUCCCUUUCUCAUUGUCUUUGCGGCACAGGAACUGGAGAGCGGACACCCAGGGCUGUCUUAUAUGCCCUGCAGGGAUGAGGCGUGGUUACCGCCAAAAUUCAAUCUUUAACUUGGAAGGGUUUCCAUUGGAGCCUGCACAGGCACAGCCUUCUCCAUUAGUGUGAAUUCACAGAAUACACUCGAAGAAACAUGGUUACAGGUAAGCAACCUGACCUUACUAAAAAUACCAUAAAUUGAAUUAUGGAUGAAGCAAAGAAACACCUUGUUAUUGAGUUCAGAAAGUCUAACAUUUUAACUUUAUAUUUAUUAAAAUAAUAGUUAAUCUCCAGCAACCUGUCUGUGCUACAACCAAAGGGCAUCCUUUUACACCAAAGUUACCCCUCUCCCAACAUUAUACAGGCAGUUCCCGAGUUACAAACAUCCAACUUUCAAAUGACUCAUAGAUAGAACAGGGGUGAGACAGCAGGAAGUGAGAGAAAUCUACCCCUAGGAAAGGAAAUUCCCUCCCAAUAAAAAGGUGUCUCCACUUAAGUUUUAUACCCAAUUCUUGUUUCCACUACAAGCCAAACUUUUCAAAAUCCAGUUCUCACAGGGACAGAAAAUGAGGUGAAAUCUUCUGAAAAAGGAACAUGGAUAGCAAAAGAAACACCACAGGGGCGUUAACCCUUCUCUGUGCUAUCCAAAGCGUUUUCUCUGCUUGUUUCAAUUAUAAUUUUUGAAUGUCCAUUUUGUUGCUGUUUUUUAAACAGAUAAGGAUACUUAGUUCUUCCCUUCUUUAAAACUAAAUUGCCAAUGCUGUGUUUACGUGAGUGUGUACAUGCUAUUUCACAGUUUCCCUUAGGAACUGUAGAAUAAGUAGUAUGCUAAAUGAUUUCAUAAGUAAUACCCAUACUACAAGUAUCAUACUAGCAAAAAUUACUUCCCUUUUCUCUGCUACUCAGAACAAAAGAAAUUGAAAAAUUCUUGUGUGAAUGUGUGUGUAUAUGUAUGAGAGAGAGGGGGGGGAGAGAAUUCACUCAUUCAAUAAAGGCAUACAUGAUAUUAGACUGAAAUUUCACCAGACAGAACAGCUUUAGGAAAAAAUUAAAAUAGGAAGUUAAAACAACAACUUUUAAGCUUUUUUUCUCGAGUCAGAAGCGAACCGAGGAUACAAGUUGUAAUGGAUUUGCAAGCAACUUUUAAGCUGGAAGGUUGCAUAUGGCUUGAAUCACCAAUAUCUUUUAAAUAGAAUAUUCACAGUCUUAAGGUAAAUUCAGUAUUGAUUGCUCAUAGAAACAAAGUACAAUUCUUAAUAAGUUCAAACUGAAUUGGUUGAUGGAGUAGGGAAAAAAGCACCACUUGCCUGAACGAAAGGGACAGAAAUCUUUUAAGUCAGAAGAUGAAUCAUUGCUCAACAGGCUGCAAGUAUUAUAGCUUCCUCAGGGGCAACCAUGAUUCAGUUAUUUUUUAAAAAAAUGCAAAACUGUUUCCCACAUCCAUUUCAAAAUAACCUUAUUUUUGAUGGUGUGGAUGACAUGCUUCCUUUGAAAGAAUUUAAUCAGGGUUGCCCAGUGGAAGAGUGAUAAUACUCAAACUUUUGGGCAAAUAAUUAUCUUCUCUGAACCAUUCCCACAUGGAAUUGAACCAGUGCACUUCUAAUUGACACUAUAAAGUUGGUUCUAUUAUAUUUGACUGUUACAGCAAAAGUGUUGAACAAUCCUUGCUGUUUCAAAAGAUCCAAGUAAAUUGAAAUAGUUUAUUCAUUCAUUAUUUAUAUUAUCAAACAAAUAUGCUGCCAGAUUCUUCAUUCUGUUUCAAGAUGUUAACUGAACAAGCAAUUUUAAUUGCGCAGAAAAAUGUUAAUAAGAAAUUACAACUGGAAAAUAGUAGCCAUUUUGUAGAUUUCUUUUUUUGUUUGUUCAGUUAGCAGUUCACAGAAUUUUAUCUUAGAAAAAUAUUAUGAUUUCUUAUUCUAGAAAGAACAUAAAGUGACAGAUCACCGCUGAUGAAUCAAGUUUAAUUCAUUUUGGAAAGGUGGAAAUGAGAAGAUUACGUUUGCCAAACUAAGAUUCAACUCAAUAAUUUCUGGAGUGUUUAACAGAAUCUCUGUGAAUUUUACUAGUAUAUAUUUAGGAUCUAUCAGUGUGUCAGACAUCAGAUGGUUCUGUGAUGAACUGCUUGCAAAUAUGUGGAUGAAGUUUUAGGGAAAUAAUGAAAUAAACUUAAUAACAAUGUUAGUGUCAUAAGUCGAAUAUAUGAAUAUGUUUUUAGGAGAAAAGUACUUUAAAAUGCUUAAGUUACUUCCUAUAUCCAGUUAUCCAGUUAAUUCCUAUAACCAACAGAAUUGCUUUCAUUAGAAAUUGAGAGAGAGAAAACUCCUCCAUUACUCUGCCUGCUAUUGACAUCUUCUCCAUUGGGUUGGGAACAUGGCAUUUUUCAUGUGACAUUGGAUUUUAUCCUAUGCUUAACGAUUUACAAGAUUCUGGGGAAGGAAGUAAUGUUAGGUUCAUAAAAUUGUUUCACUGAAAACCUGUCAAAACUGGUAGCGUUCCAAAAUACUUCACUGUUACUUCACACCACUUAUUAUUAUUAUAAUAUGAAGCUCAGUAAUAGAAUUUUGUUAUUAACCUUUACCAUAUUUAAAAGCUGAUUUAUGUAGAACCUCAUUAUUCUUGAGUUUCCCCUCCUAGGAACCAAUUUAUUAAUAUAUUCAGUUUAAAUAUCUAAAUUUGAGGUAAAUAUUUUAUGUAGACAUUGUAUACUUUGAGUGUUCCUAAGCUUAAUAUCUGUGACUUUAUUUCUUAUGCAUAUUUUACAAACAAAAAAGCAAUUCAAAUUUUGGUCAUUUUUCCAGAAUAUUUCCAAUUAGGAAACACUAAUUAUUUUCAUCUCAAAGCUUCCUUUGCGCACCUGGGUGUUCUUCCUAAGGGUGAAAAGAACAUUUAACUCACCAUGCCCCCUAAUUAUUGCAUUCUCCUCCCAAGUAUAAAAGAUGAAAGUGAUUUACUCUUCAAUUCGAUUUCUCCUGAGUGGUCAGAGGUCAGUCUGAGAUUUAUAUAUUAGAGUACUCUCUUUAAUAAAAAAAAGAUUGUGACAAAGAAGUUGAGAGAGAAUUAUUAAGUUGGUUUUUCUUAGGAACAUACAGUAGUGUGUAAAGGAAACCAAAGAGGACUAUGAAAGCCAGAAGAAGAAGGGCUUCUAAAAGGUCUCCUGAAGAGGUUCCUAAGGUUUCUACAGUAUUGUUUGACAAGAAAAUUGUUAUAUGACUCUUUAUGUUAUUCUUUUCAACACAUAUCAACUGUCUCCGGAGUAGAACUUAAUUAGGUGCUCCUUGCUGAGAUACUAUUAAGUUGUGGGGCAUUUUGUGUACCUUCAUUAAUGCAAGGCUUGGUUAGCUUUAGGAAAUUUUCUUAAGGAAUUGCUCAUAUUAAAAAUAUUUUUUUGGUGAAGGUUAUUUUGGCAUUUAUGAAAAGGGUAUAUUUAACUAUUAUGGUCUCAAAUGCUAGAUUUACAUUUUAAGUUAAUUGGCUUGAUGCAUUUUUGUAUUAAGCUAAUUAACUUAACUUAUAUACAUAUAUUACUGAUUUCACAUUGACCUAGAUGUGACAUUUAAAGAUUAUAUUGUCUUCAUUCAUUCAUUAUAAAGCAAACUUUUAAUAAUAAUUUAUUUUUUAAUAAAAUAGGUUUUAUCCUUGUUUUAAAAAGUAAUUCUACAUAUGAGUGCAAUACACUUACUGCAAGAUUUAUAAUUCUCAAAAUAUUUAUGGCAUAGAUUGUUGGGAAAUGAUAUUUUUAUUUCUUGAUGGGAAUUUGAUGAGAGAAUAACCAGUAUUGGCCUGAAUAAUAAUACUCUUGCUAAUUUUUAAUGGAUUAGAUCUUUCUUUGAGUAAUUUUUUUUGAAGGAAAACAGUUUGGAUUUAUAUUCUGUUUGCUAACAACUGGCACAAUUUAUCUGUUUUUAUGUGGCUUUGAGAAUUGGGAAAGGCAUCAACUUAAGGAAUGGAAGUCCCCACCCCUCUGCUGGCUCUCUAAAGGCUUAUACUGUGCUAGAUGUAUUGUAAUAUAGUUAUAUUGCCAUAAGUGUUGCCAUAAGAAAUUAUGCUUUAUGUACAUUUAAUGGAUGAGGGAAUCUGUUAAUCAGAUCACUUUUCUUCUGACCAAAGAAAUUAAAGGACAAACUUGGAAUUUCUGAAUAA